UCAAUUUAAUAUAGUUCUUCCUGUUAAGCCAUGGCAGGGUGUGGCUCACGUCAUAAAGUCCGCCGAUGGCCUGUGUCAGACAUCACUGGGCAUCAGCACAAGACUGUGUUUCCUGACAAUUGUCACGCCAAUGCGAAAGAGUUUGUGUUCGUUGUUGGCGAUUCACAUCUCAGAUCUUUUGCUGAUGGAGUUGUGAACAAGCCAGAGGGUCGGCUGUCCUUUGGUUUUAUGGCCACACCUGGAGGAGAUGCAACAGCGUUGCGUUUGGAGAUCUCCCAUCUUGGUGAUACUCCACGUACUCCAGAUGCAGUGUGCCUGCUUGCUCCAGGGAACAACAUGACCUCAAGUCGCACUAUUGAGGAGGCUGCCAGGGCCUUUGGGACUCUCCUCAGUGUUGCAUUGCAACACUGGCCAAACAAGGUGUUUGUGGUGGAUUUCCCCAUACGACAUGUACAUGCAACACUGGAGUACCAGCUUCUGCUAAAGCAGGAAUAUCACCGAGUUGCAGCAAAGAUGGGGGUGCGGUAUUUCUCAACAAAUUAUGUUUUCCAGCCAUCCAAAAGGCAUCUCUGGUGUCAAGAUUUGGUACACCUAAGUGAUGACAAAGGUAUGUCUCUCCUUGCGGACUUCAUUUGGAACACUUCACACAGCAUCCUGCACAUCCCUGUCAAUCCUGUGCCACUUAGAGUGCAUCCUACACUCAAAUGAUGCUUCCACAAAAACAAGAAGCAUGGUACUUCAUCACAGCCACAGUGUGUUGCUCCAUCUCAGCGCUCAGCAACAUCCUAUCGGGCCCUUUCCAGGUAAUAACUGCUCUGUGUGUUACAUAAAAUUGUCCAGUGUUAGUGGUGUCCAAUAUUUGAACAAUGUUCUGUCUCUGCUUUUUUUUUUUUUUUUUUUCUAAACCCAUACGUCUGUAUGUUCUUUCGUGCAGCUGUUAAAAUGAAGUAUGUCGACCAUGACCAAUGGACACACCUGCUGCCUACUGUUCCAGGUAAUUCUUGCAUGCCAAUGUGUCUGCGUCCCAAUGU